UAACAAACAAACUUGAUUGCGAAAUGAUGUUUGUUAAAAAUUAGGUUUUUUGCUUCAUUUGAAUUCAGUGAAUUUUAAUGGACUUAUGCUUUUAAAAAAGUUGAAUAUGAUCAAAUGGAAAUUGACAAUUCUAGUUUUGACUAGUUUGCACGUUGGUUUAAUUGUAAGCAAUAGUAAUAAAAUCGAACUAGGGAUAGGAAAUUUUCCAAUACCAGAUUUACAAAAGCAGUAUCCUGGAACCACUAUUAUUACGUCUGAAGAUGAUAAUGGUGUGGAAAAAUCGUGGGAGCUUAAGUUUUACCUCACGAUACAAAAUCCAAAUGACAUUAAACCUCUCAGCACUAUUCUGGAAAUAAAAAGUUUGAGCCAUAUUCUUACAUUGGAAUUUGAAAUAAUCAGCGGUGUCAAAUAUUUUAAACUAAAAAAAAAUCCUGACCAUGUAUUGGAUGUUAUAGCAGUGAAUAAAAUGCGAAAAAAUACAAUGUUUAUAAGAAUAACAAAAAACGAUGGUUUUCAGAUAACUAUUGACACUAUUGAUAAUCAAUUUAAAAGUAAACUUAUAAAGAUUUUUUCAACUGAAAAAAGAAUUGAAACAAUUGAUUUUGGUGUAAAGGAUCGCUAUUUAACUGUUGAAAAUUUGGUAUUUAACUCAGGAUCUAUAAAUGACUUGGUAAUAGAAGGUAAAACAGGUGAAAAAGUCAAAGAAAGUAACAGCGAAGAUGAAGAGAAUGAAGAAGAUGAAGAAAAUAGCGGUGAAAAAGAAGAUUUGAAAAGAUCACUACAUGGAGUUAAAGCAUUUAAUACACUUAAAAAAGACAACGAUGGAGUUUUGGAAAAAUCCUGGCAACUUUACUUUGACCUUGUAGUCCCACGACUUGUUUCUGGGGUAGUUCUCAAAAUAAAAAGCUUGACUAACCCAAAAGUUUUAGACCUUAUACUUCGCGUUAAUAAUUAUGAUACUAAAAGUUUAAAUUUGGUUCAAAUUAUAACAGAUUCUGAAGGCUUUCAAUCUUCUAAUAUAUUAGCUAAGUUUGAUAUGGAUCGUAACUUAUGGGAAAAAGCUAUGAAAGUAAAAAUUUUCAAAAGUGAUGGUAUACAGUUAAUUGUUGAUGAUCAUUAUAAAAGUGCUCUGAUAAAUAGCGAAUCUCUCCCUGAAUAUGCAUUAAGAAACGCUUUGAUUGAUUUCAAAGAAAAAAAUGAAGGAAUAACUGUUAAAAAUAUGAUGUUCAUCAAUGGAGAGUCAGCACUACGAUCAUUUAAAACAGAAAAAUUGUUCACAACAUUUCGUAUUCUUGUUGAUUUAAGAAUUACUAAAAAGAGUUCUGGGUCGCAUCUGUUGUUUAACAUAAAGAACAAAAAGCAAACACUUAUUGAAGUUUUAUAUCAACAGGAUAAAAUACGGUAUUGUUAUUUUUUAGCAGAGGAAACUGAUAAAUGUAAAGAUUUAGAAGUUGAAAAGGAUAAAUGGGUACAUUUGUUGAUUGAACAGUGGAAAGCAUCAGACACAUUUUACAACACUAUUAAAGUAAACUCUGGUAUUCGGCAGUAUAUAACUGAUAGAAUAAAUGGCAGAUCCAUUACAAACAGUUUUAAAAUACAAGACCCAAAAAUUAAUGAUGUGUUAGUUACUUAUAAUGUUUUGAAUGCAGAUAUCAAAAGUUUUGUAAUCUUCAAUCCAGCAUCUGAUACAUUUGGAGUUAUUCGCUUCAAUGGCAAACAAGUUUAUCAAAAUCGUUGGACAAAAGAAAAUUCUAAAGUUGUUUGUACAAUGUUAAAAUAUAACUUUAUGCAUGAAAUGACUAUAGAUAAAGAUAUACAAUUUUAUAAUGGUUUUGAAUACAAUAAUGAAGCUUUUAGCUGCAAUGGAGAUGAACAGUCUUUAAGUGAUUGCAGACGAGAAAAUUAUGUGUCUGUUAUAAAACAACCUGCAGCAGCUGCAUGUACUAAUUGGUCGGAUGAUUUGUUAGAUGAAUCAUUAGAUUCUAUAUUGUUAACAGGAACAAACAUGAAUAUAAUUAGUUCUCUUAACUAUUAUUUGACAGAUUUAAAACAAAGAUUUGGGGAAUGGAGUUGCAGUUCAGUUAAUCCUGAUAAUCAAAACAUCUGUUCUGUUGAUGAUGUCAUAUCAGAAGCACUCUCAAAUCUGCAAAACCUUGAAAAUGAAACUGCAAAAAAAGCUAUCAAACUAUCUGAUAAACAUAACUUACAAAAACUUCUUGAGUUUGAGUUUCUUAAAAAAAGUUUUGACUAUUUAAAAAAUGAACUCUUUAAGACAAAGACAAGUAUUGGCAAAUAUUUUAGAAAUUUAGCUGAUUUCGAUAAUCAACUUGCUAACCACGAUUUGACAUAUGCGCGUGAUAUGUGGGAUAAAGCUAACAACAUUAUUAAAGAAAAAGAAGAUAAUCUGCUUAAUUCAAUACUUGAGUUACGGGAUAGCGCUAUAGCAACAGAGGCUGGUGAUUUAAUACGCCAGGUUGCAAAGCUUACAAUUCAAAUCCUUGGGCGGUUAAAUCCAAUUAAAUGGAUCACCGAUACAGAUGAAGGAAUAAUUGGACCUAUUGAGACUUCAACUGAAAUAGCCAGAGCUACUGCAAACUUGGCAACUAUAGCAAUAGUUUAUUCUGAUAAUAUUGGAAAAUUAAAUGUUAUUUUGGAGAAAUCAAAUGAAAAGCGUUCAGAAAAUAAAGAAACCUUUACUAAAAUUAAUGAUAUUUUAAAUAAAGCUAAAUCAAAUAUCAAGUUAACCCUUGCUGAUUGUAAAACAUUUUUAGAAUUGUAUGGUGGCUAUACACCUGCUAUUGAACAAAGUGAUAUAGAUGCUUAUUCUGGUAUUGUUGAAGUUAUGGUAGAUACCUUUAUUGAAAAAAUGUCUGAUCCUCAAUCAUUUGUUGGCAUAAUUGCAAGUGCAAUUGGUGAAAGUAAGGCAAACAAUAUAAAAAUGGCGCUAAAACUCCUUUUUGGUCAGUAUGAAGUAGUUAAAGAAAAGCAAUCAGAGAUAAUGGAUGCUUUUGCAAGAAGUGCAAGAUCUAUGUUAGCUAAAAAAAGUGCAGAAGAUAUUAUUAAUGAUUCUGGUAAUACUGAUUUCCAAAAAAAGCUCAAAAUGAUAAAAGGUGUUUAUCUAACACGAUUACAAAAACUAAGAUUGUAUACUGAUCUAUGUCACAUAUACACUUACAGAAAUCAUGGUAUGCAGACAAGUGAUUGCACUCAGAUACUAAUGGAUCCAGAUAUCAGUGAUUUCAGAUUACUAUCUUACAACUUAAUGCCAGAUAUGUGUAGUAAUGCUGAAACAAUUUCAAAAGUUGUUUUAAUUCCAUUAAACUUAGAAGGAGACAUUACGAAAGGAAUACUGUCAUCUAAUGAGUUAUUUCGAUAUCAUCAGUCAGCAGAUCCUAAAAAAAACGAAUGGGUUACAAGCGGAACAACAAGUUUUAAAAUUCCAAAUAAGCAAUGGCUGGUAAAUCAUGGCUGGAUUUCCAGUGAAAUAAAAGAACCAAUUUUUUUAAAGAAAUUAGAACUAUUUUUACCCCCUGAGACAAAAGAUGUUACAUUUUCUUACGAAGUAGAGAUGCAAUUGCAAACCGUAACUUUGAGAAAUGUAAAAUACUCAUUUGAAAGCAAAAUUAAAAAUAAAAUAUCAUACAAUUCUGAAGACUGUCUAAAACCUGAAAAUAACCCAUAUAAAAUGACAGAUUGUAGAAAAUUGUUACCAAAUCUCUGUAUUCUUACUUCUGGGCAAGUAGAUGGAGGUUUUCUUCCUGUAUUAGAGGACUCAAAGUUUUCAAUAUCCUUGCGAAGUCGAACAAAGUUAACUAAGUUAUAUCCUUUAGAUAUAAUCUACCUAAAGGCAAACGUAGAAUUUUGUUCAAAAAAACAAGAGCGAACAACAAAAAGUGAGAUUAGUAAACCCGUUAUUCUUGAUGAAGAUACAGAGUCAUGUUGUACUGAUGCAAAUCAAUAUUUUGAUCUUUUUGCACAAAUUAAUUCUCAUCAGAGAAUUAGGAGUCGCCACGCUUUUUGUAAAGUUUGCCCUGAAAAUUCGACGCCUAAGUUCUUUGGUUAUUUCUGUCAAAAAUGCCCACAGGGUUUCAAAGAAACAAAUGAGUGGUUUGGUUGCGAACAAAACACCGAUACUACGCUUACAAAAUCAUCAAAAGGAAAGAAAAUUCGAAAACAUCGAAAAAAAGGAAAUCCAAAAAUAUCGAAGAGUAAAACCAACAAAAAUUAAACAAUUUAUUUAAAAACACAAAAGAGUUUUCUUUUCUUUUUUUUUUUUUAUUUCUUUAUAAAACUUUGUGUUAAAAAAAUAUUUGUUUUAUUUUGACAAAGAAAUUUUUAUUAAAGACAUAAAGUUAUCUUUAAUAUAAGAAUGUAUUUUCAUUUGUGGUAAUAUACAUAUACAAAUU